GCGGCAGGCGCUGCUGUGCUGUGAUGGAGGAGGAUGAAACAGAUGACCGGUGACAAGACAGCAGAGGACGCUGUCAGGACCCGUAUUAUUUAUAUACUUGGGGGCAAGAUGGCGGAAUCAGAAGAUCCUAAAGCGAGUUCUUGUACAUUUUUGUUCAAAAAAUCCACAAAAAAAUUCUCUGGGCGGAAAAGGAAGGCAAGCGACAGUGAUAAAGAUGACAACAGUGAAGAAGAUCAGAGUGCAGUGGUCAGGAAAACAAAAAAAGAUAUCCGAGUCAACCCUAUGAUUCAAAGGUCAAAGAAAGUAGAGAGAGAUGCCAUGUCCUCCAGUGAGAGUGAAGAUGACAAAGAAGACAAGAUCACUGUUGCCUACAAAUCCAAACGAUCAGCAAAACCAGAGGGACCAGAUGACAUGGGUGCAACUGCUACAUAUGAGCUGGACACAGAAAGGGACAAGGACGCACAAGCCAUUUUUGAGAGGAGUCAGAAAAUACAAGAGGAGCUAACAGGUAAAGAGGAUGACAAAAUCUACCGGGGCAUCAACAAUUACCAAAAAUUCAUCAAGCCUAAAGAUACCACUAUGGGCAACGCUUCUUCUGGUAUGGUCCGAAAAGGACCAAUUCGGGCCCCUGAACAUCUAAGAGCCACGGUCAGGUGGGACUACCAACCAGACAUCUGCAAAGACUACAAGGAAACUGGUUUCUGCGGGUUUGGAGACAGCUGCAAAUUCCUUCACGAUAGAUCAGAUUACAAACAUGGCUGGCAGAUCGAGAGGGAGCUGGAAGAAGGCAGAUAUGGAGCCAAUGAUGGUGAGAACUACGAGGUGAGCAGUGAUGAGGAUGACUUUCCCUUUAAGUGCUUCAUCUGCAGAGAUUCCUAUAAGAAUCCCAUCAUCACGAAGUGCAGGCACUACUUUUGUGAGGCCUGCGCGCUCCAACAUUACCGCAAGUCCAAGCGUUGCUACGUCUGUAACACACAAACCAAUGGUGUCUUCAACCCUGCUAAAGAGUUAAUGGCUAAGCUGGAGAAACGCCAAGCUGCAGCUGACCAACCUCCAUCCGAGGAAGAGGAUUAGCAAUACUUCAGCUGUGAUGCCUUUAAGUGUUUUGUCUGUGUACCAUUUAAAUAAAAUAACAUUUUUUAAGAUA